AUGCAAUUUGCUCAAGAAAAUCCAGGCACGGAUCAAACAAUAGUAUCAAAUGAUACUGCUGGACACCUGUCAAAUCCAGAAAAGUUAGAAUCUCACGUUGUAGAAACGGAAGACGUUGAGGAUAUUCGAGUAGCAACGAACAGUGUUGACAGCUCUGAACUGACAGCAAAGAUAGACGCCUUGGCUCCAUUUGAAAAAGAUGCAGAGAAAGCCUCGGUUCAGUUGCCUUCAGCUACGGAAGAAGAAGAAGGACCCGAUGGUGGCUAUGGAUGGUUUGUCGUCCUCGGAGCAUUUGCAGUACAGAUCACAAGCUUUGGUGUAGUUUCCAGCUGGUAA